UUUUGUUUUUUUGGCGUGGUUCAAUGUUGCCUUAAAUGCAACACCAAUGUUCCAACCGCAGUACCGGCAACCGCUUUUGUCGUUCACCCAACCUUGUAAAAUCUUGCGUUUGUUGUUUCAAUACAUUGCACAAGGCCAUUAACCCUGCAUCUGUUUUUGUUACGGUAACUAAGAUUUAAAAGGUGUAAUCAACUGCUGAUUUGUUCUGAAUUGAAUUAUAUUUGGCAACAUCUUUGGAUUCCAAAAGGUAUUUUGAUUUCCUGCUUACGCUGUGUAUGUUUAAAUACACAUAGUGUAAUUGCUUUUGUGAUUUUUUUUUUUUUUUUUUUAAGCUUUUCUUAUUAUUGUUUCGUUGUUGAUUGCAACAUCAAUAGCAACACACAAAACAUUCAUUCAUGGACGCUGUUUCAUUAAAAAACCAAGGCAACAAGCUUUUUGGUGAAGGCCGGUUGGCUGAAGCCAUCAAGUGCUACACUAAGGCUAUUGAGCUUGAUCCUGAAAAUGCUAUUUUCUAUUCCAAUAGAUCGUUUGCGUAUUUAAAACUCGAGGACUAUGGCUUUGCUAUAGAGGACGCUACUAAGGCCAUUGAAAAAAACCCGAAGUAUCCCAAGGGUUAUUAUCGUCGGGCUGUGGCCCAUAUGGCUUUGUAUCAGCCAAAAGAAGCUCUGAAGGAUUUUAAGAAUGCUGUUCGGUAUGCUCCUAACGACAAGUCAGCUCUGCAAAAAUCCCAAGAAUGUGAAAAACUUGUUCGCCGUAUCCGUUUUGAGGAAGCAAUUCAGGCUGAGGAACCCCCUUCUGCGCUUGAAGGAAUUAACAUUGAAGACAUGGACGUGCCUACCGAUUACGACGGUGUUCGUUUGGAAGGAAAAAUGACGGAAGAGUUUAUUCGUGAUUUUAUUCAACGUUUCAAGGAUGGAAAGCGGAUGCCUUUAAAAUACGUGUACUGGAUUCUUCGUGAAAUUAAAGCUUUCUAUGAACAAGAACCCUCGCUUGUAGAGGUUGCGGUAGAAAACGAUGAGGAGUUGGUGGUUUGUGGUGAUACUCAUGGCCAGUUCUUUGAUUUGUUAAACAUUUUCGAGACAAACGGAGCUCCGAGCCCUAAGAAAAAGUACCUGUUUAACGGUGACUUCGUCGACCGUGGCUCAUGGUCGACAGAGGUGGCCCUAUUGUUGUACAGUUACAAACUGUUAUAUCCGGAUAAUAUGUUCAUUAACCGGGGUAAUCAUGAAACAAACGACAUGAACAAGAUGUAUGGUUUUGAAGGUGAGUGCAAGGCCAAGUACAACGAGCGUACUUACAGAAUCUUCUCUGAAACCUUUGUUGCCCUUCCCUUGGCCACGCUUAUUGGUAAGCAUUACUUGGUUUUGCACGGUGGUUUGUUUUCUAAGGACACCGUGACACUGGACGAUAUCCGCAAGUUCGACCGGUUACAGCGUAAGCAACCAGGCCAGUCUGGCAUUAUGAUGGAAAUGCUUUGGACAGAUCCACAACCGAAUGCCGGUCGUGGUCCUUCUAAGCGCGGUGUUGGUCUUCAAUUUGGUCCCGACAUUACGAAAAAGUUCUGUGAAUUAAACAACCUUAAGGCUGUUAUUCGAUCGCAUGAAGUCCGACAAGAUGGUUAUGAAGUGGAGCACGACGGACGCCUUAUUACAGUGUUCAGUGCUCCCAAUUACUGUGAUACCACGGGCAAUAUGGGUGCUGUCAUUCAUAUCCAGUCCACAUACGAGUUGAAGUUUGCUCAAUUUUCCGCCGUUCCUCAUCCCAACGUUCGUCCAAUGGCUUACGCAAGCGGAUUGCUUGGCCUUAUGUAGAGUUGCUUUACACACAGAAGUGGGCUCACUGAUCCGUUCAUACCAUGUUAAAAAUCCGCCUCGGUUCUAUGACAAUCACUAAAAAUGAAUUUUGGUACUUAGAAGAGUUGUGCUCUUCUACUUUAGACACAUGAA